AUCACAUCCCUGGCACUUGUCCUUGAGGCAUCAAGUUAGUGCCGACAGCCCAGCAUCACCGCCUCUCACGUAGCCACCACCAUCUCCAGCAGACCACCACCACCAUCCAAGAAGUCUAAGAACUUGCAGGAGAGGGAGGAGGAGAGGAGCAUGGCGGGCGUUGAGGGAGAGAGGUGGGUGGGGCUGGCGAUGGACUUCUCGGAGGGGAGCCGGGCGGCGCUGCGGUGGGCGGCGGCCAACCUGCUGCGCGCCGGCGACCAGCUCCUGCUGCUGCACGUGCUCAAGGAACCCGACUACGAGCAGAGCGAGGCCAUCCUCUGGGAAUCCACCGGCUCCCCGUUGAUUCCUCUCUCGGAAUUCUCUGACCUUACUAUUGCGAAGAAAUAUGGGGCGAAGCCUGAUGCUGAAACAUUGGACCUCCUCAACACUGUAGCCAAGGAGAAGGAGGUUAUGGUGGUUGUGAAAGUCCUGUGGGGUGAUCCUCGUGAGAAGCUAUGCCAAGCUAUCAAUGACAUCCCCAUGAGCUGCUUGGUCAUAGGAAGCAGGGGCCUUGGCAAGCUCAAGAGGGUGCUCCUGGGAAGCGUCAGCGACUAUGUUGUGAACAACGCAACCUGCCCUGUCACGGUCGUCAAGUCAGCUAGCAGCAACGGCUGAUCUCAUCGUCAAAAGACCUUCAUGUGUUAUUGUAACAGCAGGGGAUUUACCUUUGAAGAACAUAUGCUACUAUCAGCUAGCUGAAACAUAUUGAACCAUGCAGUUUUAUUGUAAUAAUAGAUAAAUGACUUGUUGAAGGACAUGUAAUGCUCUACUUAUUUCCAGGCUCGCUCCACCAUAUCUUUGUUUGCUGUAUGAGUGAUGUUUAUACUGCUUUGAGCGUUUCAAUAAAUAGAUGCUGUUAUUGUUCUUCAAA